GGUGAGGGCUCAUGGUCAGCAAAUGGUUAGUAUAUCCAGUCACCGGGAGGCAUUGAGAGCAACGAAACUGUUUGAUUUAUUUUGUCCAUCUGUUGACAUCUUUACAACUUUUUUGGUCAGUCUAGAGUGUCAAGAUCGGGCGCAACAGCAUGGUUUCCCGCAACCUCUUAUUCUGGCAAACGCCCUAUGAGAUAAGGUGUAAUGAAAUGGGCAGUUAUUUAACUGAUUUGCAUAGUAACUUUAAAUUGAAUGUUUGCAUUAUGUGUGGCUCUAUGGGCUUGGAUUAGGUUUCUCAACAGUUUAAUAACCUCUUAAACUGACUUUUGAUAAUAAUGUAGACUAUUUCAUUAUGUUUAAGCUAUAGCCUUGUGCGUAUGUUAUAUUUGAUGAGAAUAAUCAAAUGGCAGGCUAUUCACUUAUUAUAGAAGCAACAUUGAACGACAGGCUACUCUACUCACUUAUUGUCAACCGUGGUUGCGGUAGGCUAAAUCUUCCAUCUCAGUCUCCCCCUCUCUCUUUCCUAACUCAUCUCUCUCCCUGUCUGUCAACAUACGCUCUCUCUCUCACACUCACACACGAAGUCUCGCAUUUUUGGAUUUGCGUUUCAUGCUGGGGGGUCAGCUGCUGCAGCGGAGCAGCAGUGAGUGGCUUGUUCCAGAGUCUAGCCCUCUGACCAGCUGCCAUAUGUACCAUGCAUGGACAGGACACGAUCAGAACUACUGUCGCAGACCAGACUUACAUCUAAAGCGCAUGGACAGACUCUGAACACUGACUUCGUUCCGACAGGCUGAGGCUCCACUGGGUGAAAAGGAAGAGAGGAAGACAGGGCAAAAGGGAAAGAGAGACCAAGACCCAGAGAUACACUGACAGAGAAACAGAGAGAGAGCCUCAGUGUUCCCUAACUCUGUAAAGGUAAGGGCAGCAGAGGAGACAUACAAGAGGCAGUGUGUUUAGGAGAGCCCAGGGCAUUUGGGCUGCGUUACCCCUUUAGCCCUCUAGUGGGUGCCCUCGCCCAUAUCAGGCCUGAAGGGACAUGGCCAUCUGAAAGACUCUUCUCUCUACCACCUUCCACCACUCCCUCUAUCAGUUUCUUUUUUUCAACAACGUAACUCUAAUCAACUCUCGUUGCCAUGGAGAAGACAUACUCCCUCACAGCCCACUACGAUGAGUUCCAGGAGGUCAAGUAUGGUGGUCGCUAUAGCAGCGGCACCCUUAGCAAUGGCAUGAGCCUGCACUUGGGAGGGAGCCUAGACCGAAAUAUUGGGCGUGGCCGGGGCAAAGGGGGCGGGGCCAGUGAUCGGUGUCGGGACCUGAGUGGCAUCAACAGAGGACAGGGACUUCCUCGUUGGAGCCGCAGGGAGAUCUGCCUGCUCUCUGCUCUGGUGUUUGCUGUGGGGAUGUGUGUCAUCCUGGGCAGCAUGCUGGCACUCAAAUACAUCUCCCUGGACUUCCAGCAAGAGGCGCACUGCAGACAGGACUGCCAGAAGAAACGCUCGUUAGUCCGCGCCGCACGCUUCAUCCAGGCCAACAUCGACCCCACCAUCCAGCCCUGCCAGGAUUUCUACAGCUUUGCCUGUGGCGGCUGGCUACAGCGCCAUGGCAUCCCAGAGGACAAGCUGAGCUAUGGCAUCAUCACCGCCAUCGGAGAGCACAAUGAGGAGAAGCUACAACGUCUCCUGCUGGAGCCAGUGCACCGGCACACCGUGGACUCGGCGGAACGCAAGGUGAAAGAGUUCUACCGCUCCUGUGUGAACAUCCAGGAGAUUGACAAGCUGGGGUCGGGACCCAUGGCGGAGGUGAUUGACAGCUGUGGCGGGUGGGACCUGGUUGGAGUGCCCUCUGGUGGUGCGGGGUGGGAGAGCAGUACUGCACCAGCCAGACCAGACUUUAACGAGUUGCUCUAUAGGACCCAGGGGGUGUACAGCACUGCGGUCUUCUUCUCUCUGACUGUCAACGUGGACGAUAAGAACUCCUCACGCAACGCUAUCAGGAUUGAUCAGGAGGGGCUCACACUUCCUGAGAGGACUCUGUACCUGGGGCAGGAUGAGGACAGUGUGAAGAUCCUGGCGGCUUACAAGGCCCUGAUGGAGCGUCUGCUAAGCAUGCUGGGGGCUCACAAUGCCACUCAGAAGUCCAAAGAGAUCCUACAGCUGGAAACACUCCUAGCCAACAUUACUGUGUCUGAGUAUGAUGAACAGAGAAAGGACAUCAACACUAUGUACAACCGCAUCACCCUGAGACAACUACAGCGCAUCGCUCCUAGUCUGCAUUGGAAACGUUUGUUGGACAGAAUUUUCCAUGAUAACUUCUCUGAGGAUGAAGAGAUCGUGGUGUUGGCUACUGACUACAUGGAGAAAGUCUCCGAGAUCAUCAAGACCACCUCCAAAAGGGUUCUCCAUAACUACAUGCUGUGGCGGAUUGUAGCAGCUCUCAGUGAACACCUGUCCACGGCGUUCCGGAGCACCAUCCAUGAGUUUUCCCGGGAGAUUGACGGUACGGAGCGUCAACUGGAGCUGGGGAGGCUGUGUUUCACCCAGGCCAACAAACACUUCGGCAUGGCCCUGGGAGCACUCUUCGUCCAACAGCACUUCUCCUCUCACAGCAGGGCCAAGGUACAGGAGCUGGUAGAGGACAUAAAGCACUCACUGAACCUCCGGCUGCAAGAGCUGGACUGGAUGGAUGAGGUGACCAAGGAGGCAGCCAGGGCCAAGCUGCAGCAUAUGAUGGUGAUGACAGGCUAUCCAGACUUCCUACUCAAACCAGAGCUCAUAGACCAGGAGUAUGGGUUUGAUGUGGAUGAAAAUACCUAUUUCAAAAACAUCCUCAACAGUAUUAAUUUUAACAUCAAGAUGUCUGUCAAGAAGAUCCACAAGCAGGUGGACAAGACCGCGUGGCUCCUUCCCCCUCAGGCCCUCAAUGCCUACCAUCUCCCAAACAAGAACCAAAUGGUAUUUCCCGCUGGAAUCCUUCAGCCCACGCUGUACGACCCCGACUUUCCACAAUCUCUGAACUAUGGAGGAAUAGGAGCCAUCAUCGGUCAUGAGCUGACACAUGGAUAUGAUGACUGGGGGGGACAGUAUGAUCGCCACGGCAACCUGAAGCAGUGGUGGACGGAGGAGUCAUACAAGAAGUUUCAGAAGAAAGCAGAGUGCAUCGUCAAACUCUACGACAACUUCACCGUCUAUAACCAGAAAGUGAAUGGCCGUCUGACUCUGGGGGAGAAUAUAGCAGACAUGGGAGGCCUUAAACUGUCUUAUUUUGCAUAUCAGAAGUGGAUCAGAGAACAUGGUCCAGAAAGACCUCUCCCUGGACUCAAAUACACACAUGAACAAUUACUCUUCAUCGCCUUCGCACAGAACUGGUGUAUGAAGAGACGGUCUCAGUCCAUAUACCUGCAGCUACUGACUGACAAGCACGCACCAGAGCAUUACAGGGUGAUUGGCAGCGUGUCCCAGUUUGAUGAGUUUGCCCGAGUGUUUCACUGUCCAAAGGGUUCCCCCAUGCAUCCUGUUAACAAGUGUUCUGUAUGGUGACCUCUGAACUCCUCCACCCACCAACAACUAGAACUUACCUGUGACCUCAACUCUCCUCACUAAUCUGUGAGGUGUUCUGUUCAGAUUCACUUCCAUCUCAAUCCUGGGACUACCUUUUUCUCUUAUCACAGAAUUUGCAAGCAAAUAAUGUCCUCACCACCAGGCAAAACCAUGAUCACUUCACUGUCUACUCAUGUACAUAUCCAGUGCUUGACUUGGGCAGGAGGUCACUGGUACGGAGUACUGGCACCUCCAAUGUUCUACCGCUCCUGUUCCUCUUAUAGAAUAUUAUUAGCUCAAAGUAUUGUGGAGCUCCUGUACCCAAAAUGAGUACCGGCACCUAUUUCAAUCCAAGUCAAGCACAUCAUUUACUUAUAUUUACUUUUUGGUUUUGAAUUGGCAUGUCAAUUCAUGAAUUAUUUGAAUCACUUAAACAUCAGAUGUUGACAGUAGUAAAGAGCGUUAUUAAAUCAUAUUGAAGGGAUUGUACUGCCAGUAUGGACUGCAUUCACUCAGAUCAGUGUUUUGCCUGCCAAAGUUUUUGGGAGUCUUUUCUAUGAGGUAAAUAGUGGACACUGUGCUGCCGUCCAGUGGCUGAACAGAGAAGUGGUCUCCGAUGUGGAGACCUUGUUCGUCUUGACUGUUGUUACCGGUCUGGCCUUGUGGACGCCAUCGGAAUGGUGUUACUGUGCGUUUGUACGGUUUUGAAUCCAUAGUGACCUUUUGCUCAGGAUUUGUAGCUAAGUGUGUCCCCAGUGGCAAAUAAUAGUGAUGGAACAUCAUGGACUAGUCUGUCUGAACCAUUAACCCCUCACACCUUAGUGUACAUCAAGGUGAACUAUGCUUCUCAAUCCACCGGAGACUCCAAUCUCCCAAUGUCUCACUGUCACACCCCAGAGUAUGGAUUCUUUAGCAUGACGAUUGUGUUUAAGAUAGAAGCAUGAACCUGUUGAACAACAUCAUCCAUCCUAUUGGACAUUAUGGACUCUGAGCCCUUCCUAUUGGUUUAUGUUAACUCAUGGGCCUUCCUUGAUACAGCGCAUACUCACUCUGAAUGCCCCUGGCCUGCACAGCCAAGAAGCUUUCAAAGGAAGGAUCAAUGUCAUAACAAAUCAUCUAUCCUCUGUACAUACAAAACUGUGAAUCCAGUCAAAAAAACAUUUGUACACAGUAAUAUUAUAAUUUUGUAUGAAGAAUCUAAAAAUAAGAACAAUCUUUGUAUAAGUUAUAAUUGUACAGUUCUUAUUCUGAAAACAGCAUGUUCAAAACCAGCUUUACACAGUGCAGACUGAGAUAAAAGGAUGACAUCACAGUUCUCAGCUGCUAUCUCGCUCAUAUUUCUUGGUGUUCAAUGUUUUGGAUAUAAUAAAAGGGAUCAUUGUGUGAGGGGUUGGUUUCUC